UCAUUCCAUUGAAAUUGGGGAAAUUAAGGAAAACAUUUCAAUCGUGAAUGGAACGACAUUGGAAAUAAGAGUCUGCGAUAAUUUCGAAGGAUCUCGAAAACACAAAGUUUUCAAUGACGUGGAAAUUGAUCACAGCAUUUCUAAGCCAUGAGGUUAUGUGAAGUUCGAACGGCUCGUGCAAACACGACAAGCUUUGCCAACACAAUCAAAGCUCCCGUUGCAGCCAAGAAGCUAAGUUUAACCACAAGUUAACCUUAUACAUCCAAUUGAGUCUCUCGUCGCACGCAAGCAGGGUAAACAGACCAGACGGAUAAAAUCAGAAUUUGAUGGAAAGGCAAGAAAAACAUGCAGAUUGGAAACUGGAUCCUCCUUAAACCAUCUUGGCGUAUGUAAUAUGGCGGAAUUUAUUUUAUGUGAAAGCGAAAAGUGGCUCAAAUGUAAGACCACCAGUGGACUUACCAUUGCAUUCCCUGCUUUUUGACGAGCGCCCAGAAGUCAUUUUUGUGAAUGUGUGGCUAGUGACAGGCUGACGUCAUCAUCCGUUUAGUUGAAUUGACCAAUUAAAUGAGUGGAACGGAGCUUUCUCUCCAUGUUUAUUUCCACUAGUGGAAGGAAAGCUAGGAAGCUAGGGAAGCUAGGGGUAACUGCAGGUGUAGUUCGUGGCUAUCCCUUUAUUGAUAUCAUGAAAAAAUCAACAUGCAAGAUCUAGAACAGUUUCACCAAAAAGUAAGUCAAGGGAAAGAAAGACGUAUUAAAGUUUGAUCUUCCUUCUACUAAAAAGUCUUAGAGUUGUUGUGAUACCAUCCUCAUUCAAAUUCCUUUUGCAUCUCACUCAGUAGAGUAUUCAUCGCUUUUCAAGUCGUUGAGCCACUUUCUUAACUUCAUCUACCUUCGUCUCUCUGUUUGUUGCUUCAGCCACAGAUCGAUCUCGUCCUAGACCUAUCUACGAGGUACUUAAUUCAAGAUGGGCAUGUUCUCACGCAAACAGCAGGCACCUGCGAAUACAGGACCUGGAACUCAUGUAACUCCUCAUGAUACACAACAUCAUGGUAAAGGACCACUGGUUCUACCCAUGAGCAAACGUCCAAGUUUCGGUCAAUGGCUUAAAGUUACUUGGCUCGAUAUUCUUACUAUGGCUGCGAUGGGUGCUGUUGGACUUGGUGUUUAUGAAGCUCAUCCAGCUCCUUCUCGAUCUUUCCCGGUCUAUUUUCAAGAUGGAGAGAUUGUUUACCCUCAAUUCGCAUACGUGAGUAUCUCAUUCAUUCCAAGUACCUUCUAAUCAAGAAAUGCGAACAUGUUCUAAUGUAUAUUAACUAGCCUCUUCGCAACGAAAUCGUUCCUAUUUGGGAGGCAGCACUUCUUGCCUCUCUCGUUCCCAUCGCCGCCUUCCUCAUUGUUCAAAUCCGUGUCCGAUCUUUCUGGGAUAUGAAUAAUGCUGUGAUCGGUCUCCUCUAUUCUCUUAUCACAGCCGCAGUCUUCCAAGUUUUCCUCAAAUGGCUUAUCGGUGGUCUCCGUCCUCAUUUCCUCACCGUCUGCAAACCAAACAUUCCAGUUACCACACAACAAGAAACAGGAAAUGGUCUCAAUUACAUCAUGUACGAUCGAACAAUCUGUACAGGUGAUGAAGAUGAAAUUGACGAUUCUCUCGAAUCUUUCCCAUCCGGUCACUCUACCGCUGCAUUCGCCGGUUUCGUUUUCUUAUCCUUGUAUCUUAAUGCCAAGCUCAAGGUCUGGUCAAAUUAUCAUCCCGCUAUGUGGAAACUCAUCGUAACAUACGCACCUAUCCUCGGCGCUACACUCAUCGCAGGUGCACUUACUAUUGACGAAUAUCACAAUUGGUAUGAUUGUCUCGCUGGAGCCAUCAUCGGAACCGUCAUGGCAUUUUCUGCUUAUAGAAUGGUAUAUGCAUCGAUUUGGGACUGGAGAACAAACCACAUUCCUUUGAAUCGCGCGACUCCUUUCCCGGGUACAGGUGCCGGUGCGGAGCUGGAGAAUGCAACUUUUACGAGACAGGUGGGAUGGGGAGGUGAGGGCUAUGGUUCGGGCGGGUUUGGUGGUCAGAAUCAUGGUUAUGGUCAUCAUAAUGCUAUGAAUGAGGGCAUGGUUCAAGGUGGUGAUAUUAGAAAUAAGGAAUACUCUCAUGGAACUCCUACCACAACCACAGGUAUUGGACGUAAACCUGUAGGAACAGGUGCGGGUCAUUAUAAUGGUGAUGCUGCUCAUAUCGUUUGAGAUAACUUAGAGGCGCAAAGGGAUAAAAGGGACAUGAUGAGUAAAGCAAUGAUUUUGGCAUAACAUGAUAUGGUGUGGCGUUUUUAAUGGAUGGAUGGAUGAAAUGAAUAAAGGGAUGGGAUUUACGAAUAUGAUACUAGUAUGAUUUACAUUGGGUUUUUG